UCAGCGAGGUGAAAAAUUGGAAAAUGAUGACUUUAAGGCGUCCACAUGGCGUCCAGGUGCGGGUUUCUCCGGUUCUCCCCCAGACGGUGGUGACAAAAUUCGAAAUUAAACUUUAAUGAAAGUUCGUUCGGCAGCGAACGAGCGCUCAUCGAUUCAAGUGCGGUGUCACACAUGUUCGGCAAGGCUUAAGCUCGCUCGGUAUCGGAUUCUCCAUAAAGUCGGUUCUUUAGGGGAAACAAUCCCGGAUCGAUCCGGGAGGGGGCAGUGCAAGCUUUACUAAGCAAGCGAUUUCACGUACACCGUAGACUUCACCGACCAUGUGCCCCAUUCCACGUCGACGAUUAAUGUUACCUUCGUGACCGGUGUAUAGGAGGCUCUUGCUUGCAACCGUCGCGAAGAUGCGCAGGGGAAGAAGCACUCACACACACACACACACAGGAGGUGUAAGGAAUGUGUGCGGGUUGAUUGAUUGUCGAUACAUGCAAAUAAUUUCCUUCCGUUUACCGACUCGGCGCACUGACGAUGACGAUGAUGAUGAAGGCCACCAAAAUCAUAGCUUAACGGCUGUUGAAGCCGGGAAGUUAGGGGGAAAAUCCGCAGCACAAAAGACACAUUGCCGUGGACUGUCGCGGAAGGGGCGGAAGUCCUAUCAAGACUUCCCCGGUCUGCACGUUCCCGUUAAAACAAGUCGCCGAUUUAGAGCGGGAUGGCUUAUCAACUUCCAACCAGCUUCCAAAUAUCUAUCCAUAACAGGACUGUUAUUGACCGCAACCAACAAAAAACACACACACAUCACCUCAAAUUAAUCGAUAGUGUUCCGAAACGCCGAUUAACGAUCCCGGUGCGGUACAGUAACACGGAAGCACAAUAAAAGAUCAAAGCAUGGUUUCGAACCGCACGUGGGCUGCGGCUUCCGGCCGUUCCUGUGAAGUGGCGUCAAUUAAGUAAAGAGAGCAACAAUUACAGAUGCGAAAUGGCUCCCGUUUUUCCACUACACAAUCGCCACGUGGCGUUCGAUAAGGAAUUACGCACCCGGACGAUGCAUAACGAACGCGUAACGUUUACGGAGAAUUUGCGCCAGUACUGUCUCAACACCACGAUCCAUGGGCUGAAGUACAUCGGGACGGUAUCGUUGACGUGGUGCGAAAGGGCGUACUUCUUUCUCACAUUCCUCGUGGUGACCGCCUGCUCGAUCUACUUCAUCUCGAAGGUGUACAUCAAGUGGCAAUCGUCGCCGAUCAUUAUAGGGCUCAAUCCGAUCGCGACACACAUCAAGAACAUUCCCUUUCCGGCGGUCACCAUCUGCAACAUGAAUCAGGUCCGCCGGGAAGUGGCCGAACGGAUCGAGGAACGCACGCUGGAGCAGACGGUGCUGCAGAGCAUCUGUUCCAUCGAUGGCGACUACAACGUGACACAGUACGAAGGGAAGUGGUCCGCAGUGAAGAAGUUAUUGCUGAGCUCAACACAACCCUGCUCGGGUAUGCUGAAAGCAUGCCGGUACGCCAAGCAACGGGAGAAAUGCUCUGAAAUCUUCCAAUCCGUCUUCACCGACGAAGGGCUCUGCUGUACAUUCAACACGCUCGACACGGUGCACAUGUUCCAGAAUGCUACCGCACCCAGCAUCUUCCCGGCGGAGGUCAGCAACGGCAGUGGACGCUUCCGGCCGAUUCUCUGGACACCGGAGCAGGGGUACGGUGAGCCGCCGACCAACACAACCUACCCGCGUGUCAUUGCCGGGACGGGCGUUACGAUGGGGCUGGCGAUGGUGCUCGAUGCGAACGUGAGCGAUUACUACUGCUCGUCCACCUCGUCCACUGGGUUCAAGAUCAUUUUCCACAGCCCCGCGGAAACACCGAAGAUUACGGACUACGCGCAGUACAUACCGGUCGGGUCGGAGAACCGGAUUAUCAUUACGCCCAAGAUUAACGAUGCGGCCGAUCAGAUCCGGAAGGUGGCACAGUCGCAGCGGCAGUGCGUUUUCGGCAGUGAAGCUAACCUGUCCUACUACAGCGUUUACUCGCGCAACAACUGUGAGCUGGAGUGUGAGGCCCGGCUAAUACUGGAGAACUGUGGCUGCGUUUUGUACUAUCUGCCCAAGCUGUGCGAGGAGACGAAAAUCUGUAGCCGGGCCAAUGCGCGUUGCUACGAACAGAUACGCAGUUCGAUCGCGUUCACCGCCAACACUAGCAUUGUGUGCACGUGUCUGCCGGGCUGUUUCGAGAUCAGCUACAUACCGGACGUGACGACGGCGGAGCUGCAGGUGGGCAAGUUCGGUAUACGGGAGAACCUGCUGGAUGAGGUGAAGGAUGAGGAGUACGCAAAGAAGAACCUCGCGCUGAUCUACAUCUUCGUGAAGGAUACCUACUAUCGCAGCUUUACCAAGGGCGAACUGGUCGGCUUUACGGAUUUCCUAUCAAACGUCGGCGGACUUCUCGGACUAUUCUUGGGCUUUUCGAUAAUUUCCCUCAUCGAGGUCAUCUACUUCGUGACGCUCCGUCCGUACUGUGCAAAGCGCAAGCAGCAGCGCACCAACGUAAAGGAUCGUAAUGUGGAGGUUGGCAAGCUAAAUGCCGCACGUAACGAUCUUCUUUGGUUUGGUUCGAAACCUCCCGUCACGACGGUUCAAUUCCUUGGCCGAUCGAACGAUCAUGGUUAUGCUGACGACAAUCACCUGCAGGCUGGACCGAAUGCAAUGGUAAAAGAGUAUGCCACUAAGCUUAAGCAUCUUGUUCACUCUCGACUGCAACAGGCUAGCGGAUGGGUGCGCAACACGUUCCGUUCGCGCAGAACGCAGCUGGGCAGGGGCUUCGGACAGGAACGAACCGGACCGCGGUCCUACCCGUUCUACGAUUGAGGCAAGCUUUUGGCUUUCAUUUAU